AUACAGGGGUGAGAUUGGAUUGGUUGGCGGCGAGGAACAUGGAACAUGGGAAUAGACCCAAUAUCAGCAGAUUUGUCUCCCGCGUUUUCCACUCCCACUCUCUCAUUUCUCUCCAUUCCGACCCCGCCCCACCUCCUAUUACUCCUUCUGCUUUUCCCUAAAUGCCCUUCACUCCCUUCAUCAAUCCCCUCUCCAUCUAACCCCACUUUUGUAAUUUUUUACAUUACAGUUAUACGUCUGUUGGAGUCCGAGGUGGUGGAGCAAAAACUUUAGAACACCCCACCCCCCUUUCACAAGAUUCUCUCUCUCUCUCUGUCUCUCUCUCCCCGUAGUCUCUACUCUCUCUCUCUCUCUCUCUCUAUAUAUAUAUAUAUAUGUAUAUGUGAAUGCGUAUUAUGUAUGUACUGUUGUAUUAAUCCCUUGGAGUUCUUUAAUGGCGAUUUGAGUACCCUUUACAUUAAUUCAUUCGUUUUGUGGGAAAAGAGAGACCCAUUUUCGAUUUUUAGAAUUGAAUUCUUGCCUUGGGAUUUCGUUAUUCCUUGUUGUUUCUUGCCUGAAACCAGCUUCUUUUCUUUGCUUUCUAGCUGUUGAAUGUGUUGAUGUUCUUCUUUUGCUGCAUUAAAUACAGAGUUUCUUGAAAUUCUUGUUUAAUCAUUCUUCACUGUUUUAUAUAUUCCAUCCAAAGUGAGAGAGAGACAGAGAAAGAGGAAGAGAGAGAGAGAGAGAGGAAGAGAGACAGAGAAAGAGAGAGAGAGGGAAAAAGGCCCAAGAAAUUGAAAAGAUGUUUGAGGGGCGUGCGAGGAGCAAGUUUGUAUCCAAAUGUAAGUCGGAUAUUAAGCUGACAAAGACCCGAAUCGAGAUGAUAAAGAAGAAGAGAAAUGCAGUACAAAAGUAUUUGAGGAAUGACAUUGGUGAUCUGCUUAGAAAUGGAUUGGAUUACAACGCCUAUGGCAGGGCUGAAGGGUUAAUCGCCGAGCUCAACAGAACUGAUUGUUACGACUUCAUCAACCAGUUCUGUGAACAACUCUCAAGUCAUCUUGCGGCAAUGAGCAAACAGAAGGAAUGUCCUGAAGAGUGCAAGGAAGCGGUGUCGUCUCUGGUGUUUGCAGCAGCGAGGUUUGCUGAUCUGCCAGAGUUGCGGGACCUGAGAACUUUAGUUUCUGAGAAAUAUGGGAAUUCCCUCGAUUGUUACCUCAAUAAAGAGUUUGCCAAGAAGAUGAAGCCUGACCCUCCUUCAAAAGAUCUGAAGCUUCAGUUGUUGCAAGAAAUAGCUGCAGAUUCCGGCAUAGAAUGGAACUCAAAAGCUCUCGAAAAUAAGCUCUUUAACGACUCUGUAAAACAACAGGUUAAUCAUGUUUUACUGAGUUUUGCUAGGGAAACGGAUGAAAAUGUGGACCAUUUUGCAAUCGAGGAGAAACUUCCUCCUGUCAAGGACAUUCAUGUAGAUUCUGUUGGGAGAACUCAAAAGCAUGACGAGCCGGCAUUUGCAAGAAAUGUUACGAAUGAAGAAGAAGAUGGCGAUAAGUCUCUCAAGUACAAGUCAAUUCCUCCUCCUUAUACUAAGCCUGAAUAUGAUCAACAAAAGAGCAGUUUGAGAGAAACAAGGAGCGAUCCCCGUAAAGAACCUACUGAUUCUGAAGAUGCUGAAGCACAUCAUGACAGCAAGGCCAAGCGAAUGCUGAAUUCCAUCAGCAAACGAACCUUUAGAUCUCCAUGGGGUAAGGGUGUUGUUGGUGGUUCCGAAGGCAACGAGAAUGUAAAAUUGAGCAACAAAGAAAAAGCAGCACAGGGUCAAAGAAUCUUGAAAUUCUUCGACAAACGUGGCUCUGAUGAAAUCGAUGAAGAAGAAAGGACGAUGGAUAAGCUUCUGAAGUACUACAGUAGGAAAAAGGGGUCACAAGAAAACAGCAAAUCGGAUUCAAGCAAAGCCACAAAAGAAAGGAGUCCAGAUGGUCCGAACCGAUCCUCAUCUCUUCCUGUUGAGUCAACAAGUCCACCAGAGACGCCUAAGAAACAUACUCGAGCCGCCUCGCUUCAUGUGCAUCCUAGGCUGCCGGACUAUGAUGACUUUGUUGCUCAACUCGCAGCUCUUAAAGAAAACUCAAAACAUUGACACUGUCAGAGGCAAAGGGCAUUACUCCGGUUACUUUAUUAUUUGUUCAGAUAGGUUUCCUUUCAUUCAUUGUUAGUACAUACAAAUAUGUCUGAUUAGUUGGAAGCACCCUAACUCCCUAUAGUUCUCCUGCAUAAGAUUCAUCCAUCACUGCUAGAUUGUGUUGUAAACUAUAUUCAUAUUCUUUAUUAAUAUUUGCAUUCUUUA